ACACUAGACAAAAAGUCAGAAUAUAGGGAGAAUGAAAAAAGUGACAUAAAUGGCGGAAAAUUGUGCUUCAAGCGCCAACAUUUGUAUUUAAUUGUGAUUUAUUAUAAAAAUCGCUCAACAAUAAGUGGUUUAAACUGCAAUUGGAACGAUCAGCAUAACCUUUUUGAACCGAAGAACUAUUAAACAAUUCCAAAAAGAAUUUGAAAACGUAGCCAUGUAUAAGCGCAAAUCUUUGGGUACAGGUACAAUCGUAAACAGGGACAGUAGCACCACCAGCAGCAGCCAAAGCCGUGCAGAUGGGGAUUUGGAUGUUGAUGAGUCGAUGGAUGUGAAUUCGUACGAGACCUUUCAGAUUGAGAUAACCCAGCCGGAGGAUGAAGAUGAGCAACCAACGGGACAGCAACAGCAAAUCAAACUGAGCCAAUCCCAGAGCCAGCCCCAGCCCGGCCAGCAACGUUCAGUGGGUUCGUUGGUUUUGUUGACUCAAAAAUUUGUGGAGUUGAUGAAGGCGAAUGGUGGCACUAUUGAUCUGAAAGAGGCCACCAAAAUUUUGGAUGUCCAAAAACGGCGCAUUUACGAUAUAACCAACGUUUUAGAGGGCAUUGGCUUAAUUGAUAAGGGCCGUCAUUGUUCUGUUGUGCGCUGGCGUGGCGGCGGCUUUCGGGAUGCCAAGGAUAAGGAGGAAUAUAACCUGGCCUGUGAACGUACCAAACGACUAAGAACCCUGGAAGAUGAGCUUGAUGAACAACUGGAAUAUGCUCAACGCAAUUUGCGCUAUGUCAUGCAAGAUGCCACAAAUCGUUCAUAUGCCUAUUUAACACGAGAUGAUUUGUUAAACAUUUAUGGCGAUAAUUCAGUUUUCACCAUACCAAAUUAUGAUGAGGAAGUUGAAAUCCAAAGAAGCAAUAGUGAACUUCGUGUCUCGCUCGACAAUGGCAGUACAAUUGACAUACGCUUGGUUACCAAUCAAGGGAAAUCGACUACAAAUCCGCAUUAUCCUAAUGAGUACUUUGAUUAUCGAUGCCUUGAUUCGCCAUCUCCACCGCCUUCUUCAUCAUCAGGAUCCAGCGAGACUGGUCCUGCCAUUAGCACUGGCAAUGUUAUUACGGAUGAGCAUACGUACUCAUGCAAUCCCGACAUGAAGGAGGAGAUGAAAUUGCGAGAGAAUGAAUUAACGGCGAAGAUUAUAUUUCAAAAUUACUUGGCUGGCCAUUCGCUGAGAAGGUUUUAUCCCGAUGAUCCAAAUUUAGAAAAUCCCCCCUUGGUGCAAUUGAACCCACCCCAGGAGGAUUUCAAUUUUGUUUUGAAAAACGACGAAGGCAUCUGUGAACUGUUUGACGUUCAGUGUUCUUAAGGACGAAGACUUUACAACGACUGAUCGAUCGGCCGCGUGCGUUGUGCAAAUAUUUAUGAUUAGUACAAUUUUUACAUAUUUUUUAAUUCCCUCGUUUGAGGAAAUUAUAUAAAAAUUAGUUUAAUCCCCUGUGUAAGUUUGCUUAUAUUAACAGACAAAUCAAUAAAAACACUUUACAAGUCGGA